GGGUGGGUUUGUGGAUACCAAUCUGUUUGUUUUCGAAAUAUUUUUGCUGCUUCUACUGUCUAGACUUUUAACCUACCUGAAUGAUUUCAGUGUUUUUUUUUUUUUUUAAAAAAAAAAAGUGAGUUUCAAAAUCAAGAAUUAUAAAUUAUUCGAGUACAAUACUAGUUUUGAUUUUUUCGAUAAUCGACGUGGUGUUCGGAUUAGCUUCUAGGGUAAUGUUGGUUCCCGUUUCCCUUUGUCAUGGGAUUGAAGUUCUCUCUGUUCAUAAAAAUAGAAUGCGUCCAAGCUUUUUUGGCAAUUGACAUGAAUCUGCUUUGCAACGUAAACGUGAACGAUUGGAAGAUGAGCAGCACAAAGAAAGUGUUAUGUGAAAUGAACCUUGAGAGUAAAUACAACUGUAUUGAACCUUGAGUAAAUAAACUGUAUCUGCCAGGUUACUUCUUUUAUUUAUACAAAACAAAAGACCCUAUUUGUUGUAUUCUUCGGACUUUCAACGGACCCUUUUUUAUUUUUUUCACCCUUGUCAGCCAGAAUUGUUCUUAAAUUUGCUCACCUACUCAUAUCUCUCUGUUACAGCCAGAUGGGUGAUAUUCUCCCUCAACGUAGCUCUCCCCUUCGUAGCAUAGUGAUGGUUCCCUAUCAGAAGGGCAAGCAGAGCUUGAAGGCUGCAGUUUCAAUUUUGAAGAUGAUUAGGCUUCCACCUUUAUUAUCCUACAAGCCUUCUAAAGUUGAAGUUGAUCCAAGAAAGCGCCAUAAGAGAUUACCAGCUAAUCUCAUAGUGGGUAAUGAUUAUUGGUGGUUUCUUUUUGGUAAUAUUCCUUAUCUCUGUGCAUGGGUGAGCAUUGGCCUUUUUGAUAAGGACCCCAAUCCAGUCAUCUACGUGUUUGGUUUUUUGGGUCUCCUACUUUUUCAUUCGGUUGCAUUGCACUCUGUUCUUUAUUGGCAUCGCGAGAUGUCGCCUUUCCGGUUAAUUGGUGCCAAGGCGAAAUUUAUGAUUGAGGUCAUUCCUGUGAUAGUUGCAGCAGCCUUGCGUCACCUUUUGGAGUUUGAUGGUGCGUAUUAUGCUCUACUGCUAUCCUGCACCACAUAUUUCUAUACCUUUGCCCACUUCAUGCACGCUGCGUAUGAUAUUGGAGGAAAAGAUGUAUUUCUAGCGUUAACAAUGUUGGUACUGGUUCACAGGUUGAAUGAAGAAUUGUUAGUUGGUGCUUUAGCCUUGAUCUUGUGCCUUGGUUUAAGUUUGUAUAGAUACAUGACGUAUUGUGCUCCCGAAUUACCUAUUCAUCCUAAAAAGGAGAUGGAAUUGCCUUGUUGAGGACUAUUGUACCUUUCCAUGAUCUCAUAAAUUAUGACUUCCUCUCAUAUUCCAUUUCUUUGACA